AUGUUAGUGAAGCAGGAGAGAGAUGGCGAAUUUGAUAGCGACUAUGAGCAAAAUGUCACUCCUGUCCGCCCGAGACUCAAUGCCGGUGCUGGGAUUUCGUCUUCAAAGCGGCGUAUUUCUAGUCUGCCGGAAGAAGAUUAUCUUCAAGGUCCACAUAAAAGUGUACAACGAAUUCGUGCUGAUCCGAAGGUGACUAUGGGCACUCUGCUAACCGAGAUCGUGAAUGAGCUGAAAACAAUCCCUGGAUCAGAGCAUUUGAUGUUUGCCGUGAAUGCAAAGAAGGUCAAGGAUUACUACGACAUUAUUAAAAACCCAAUGGACUUGCAGAAGAUCAAAUGUAAGAUUGCAGACAACAAGUACGAACUUCGUCAAGAGUUUUUAUUGGAUGUCAAACGUAUGCUCGAUAACUCACGUCUUUACAAUGGUGAUAAUCAUGUAAUUACAGACGCUGCGAAGAAGAUGUUUGAAUUAGCUUCAAAGCGACUUGUAGAAAAAGAGCAACAAUUGAUGAAGCUGGAGAAGGCUAUCAAUCCUCUCUUGGAUGAUAAUGAC